GCCUCUGCCUCUGCAAGACACCCGAGGCAAACAGACGUCUUCAACUCGGCAGCGAAAGGCGUACCGUACGUUCGUCACAUCUGAAGCUCUGGAGCCCAAAAACACCUUCAGAGCACGCUGCUUCCUGUCUUCCUGGUGUCACAAUGCUCCCUUAGGCAAAAGGCGUCUGUCGAUUAGAAUGAUGGACGAAGUCAUGACCGUGCGAAGAGUAAAUCUCUUCUGAAGUUUUUGUGAUUGAGCGUUGACUGGUGGUGAUCUUUUCCUGCGGGCAUUCUUUGUAUCACAUAAUACCGCCACCCCUAUUAUUCCAGUGAAAAUUUAUAGAUGUGUCAUAAGUUGUUCAGGCCGUUUUACGAACUCUUGAAAUGAGUGCGUCGGAUUUUCUCCUGCUGGGCAGUUCAGACAACGACACCAGUCUCGGUUCUAUGAACGAAUCCAUAGAGCAGUAUCUCGGGAGGACGCUGGGGCCGAAACGUCUGCCUCUCGCGGUGGUGCUGCCGAUCACCGUGACCUACGUCGUCAUCUUUGUGUCGGGCAUCAUCGGCAAUGUGGCGGUUUGCGUGGUGAUUGCGCGCAACAGAUCAAUGCGGACUGCCACCAACUACUACCUGUUCAGCCUCGCCGUGUCCGACCUCACCCUCCUGCUUCUGGGGCUGCCGUACGAGUUGGGAAUAUACUGGCAGCAAUAUCCCUGGGUGCUGGGAGAGACCCUGUGCAAACUGCGGGCCCUAGGAUCCGAGAUGUCCUCCUACACAUCAGUUCUCACCAUCGUGGCAUUCUCCACAGAGCGCUACAUUGCCAUCUGCCAGCCCAUCCACUCCUACACCACAUCGAGCCCCAGGAUCGCCCUACGAGUCAUCGUUAUCCUGUGGUGCGUGUCCCUUGUCAGUGCCACUCCGUUUGCUGUCUACACCAAAAUCAACUACAUGCAGUAUCCACCAGGUACAGGCUCCGCACACCAAAUACCAGAAUCUGCCUUCUGUGCCAUGUUGGACAAUGCUCGCCCUUCCUAUUGGCCCAUGUAUGAGCUGAGUGCAUUCCUCUUCUUCCUUGGACCAAUGGUGAUCAUUGCAAUGCUGUACAUUCGUAUGGGCAUUACAAUCCGUCGUCGCAUGAUCAAGUUCCCAGGUGAAGCCAAGCACCUGGACUCCCGGACCAAGCCCAUCAUUAGGAUGCUUGCGGCAGUGGUAGUCACAUUCUUUCUGUGCUGGGCCCCCUUUCACAUGCAGCGACUCUUCUAUAUCUAUGGCCAACAGUCAUCCAACUUCGACAAGGUCAAUGAGUGGGCCUACUACAUCACAGGAUGUUUCUACUACUUCUCCUGCACAGUGAACCCUGUGCUUUACAAUGUCAUGUCUGCCAAGUACCGCCUGGCCUUCCACAAGACUCUUUGCUGCGGCCCGUCCGAUAGCGGUAAGAACAAAGAAGCAUCGUCUUUCAAGAACACGACAGUCGUCUAUGUCAAUUCUCACCUGGACAACUGCAGGUCUGUUAAUAACCACAGAGAAAUGAGACAACUCGCUUCAUUUAACAGGUACUCAAAGAAUCGGGACGUUCCCAACAACGCGUUAGACAAAGUGACACACACUGUUUUAUGGUGUAAUUCAACAUCAGCGAGAGGAAUACAAGAACAUAACAGAACACAAAACUGUGACACACUACCAGACACUUACAAGAAAUGUCGUGAGUGCCAGAGUUAUGACUGCUCUUUGAAUCAAAGAUACGACUGCGAUGAAGUUUCAGACAUGAUCAUCACCAUGAAACCUUUAACCAGCAGCAAAACAAAUUUAUAUGCCACACCUGAAACUUGGUCAAACGUUCUAAGGUCUUGCAAAAACUCAACACCAGAAACUGAAGACAGUUCACAAGUGGUUGAGCAGUGUCUGCGCAAUCAGCGGGAAGCCUGCAUGUGACCCCUCAACUCGAGUGUCCUGUGCAGAGGAAACAGCCAUAUCAAAGGGGAACUGCUGGCUCAUCUGCAAGGAGGGUAUAUUCUGAAGAUGUAGUCACUUGGUUCCUUGGAAACAUCAACAGCUUCAUUCAAAGAAUUGUGCAUUAUGAAAGACGAGCAGUGACAAUUUACAUGCAACAGGAAAUCAAAUACAUAAAAAUAUGAUCCACUGUUAAAUAAUAUUUAGUUGUUUGAAAUUACAGUCUUCAUAACAUGAAAGAUUAUAUUUUUCUAUAAUGCAUGAAGUUUUUUGGACACCCUUGUGUUUAAUUUUUUGAAACAGAAACAAUUAGCAAUUUUUCUGGGUUUGUCUCUGCAAGAGGAACUCUUUCACCAUUUUUUAUAGCAUGCUGUUGCAUAAAUAUGUUUGGCAGCCCUGUGUCUCAUUUUGUGAAUGGUAAAUAUCAUACAUUUCCCCAAAGUUCUCUCUCCAAGAGGAACAUUUUUUGUAUUUAUUGUUUUCUCUAUAUGACACUGUGUGACUCUUUUGGACACUCCUGUGCUAAAGUAUCAAAACAAAAUAUAAUUAUUCCUGGGUUUGUCUCUCCAAGAGGAACACUUUUGUAUUUAUUAUUUUUAUGUGACUUAAUAUUUUGAAGAAAUGUGCUAUUGUAUACAUUUUGCACAUCCCUGUACCUGAUGUUAAAAAUACAGUACUCCAUAAUU